AAUAAAUCUUAAGGGUGCAAAGUAUCAUCCAGGCUUUCCUCAAGCGAUAUUUACCUAAUUUGACCAAAGAGUCAACAUUUAAACCCAGCAAUCACACAACCAUCUCCCCCCCGUCGCCGAUUUCUCUCUCCGCCGCUAAUAAACCCUAAUUCACUUCCUGUAAAAGGAGAAGAAACGAACGAUGUCGACUUCGUUGUCGGAAGAAGAAGUCAAGAGGCUGUUCAGAAUACGCAAAACGGUUAUGGAGAUGUUGAAGGACAGGAAUUAUUUGGUUGGAGAUUUCGAGCUGGAGAUGGAUAGAAGGCAGUUCGUUUCCAAGUAUGGGGAGCAUAUGAAGCGUGAGGAUCUGGUUAUUAGUAAAUCUAUGAAGAAUGAUAGCUCUGAACAGAUCUACGUCUUCUUCCCUGAUGAAGCAAAAGUUGGAGUGAAGACGAUAAAGAAUUAUAUAAACCGUAUGAAGUCAGAGAAUGUCACUCGGGGAAUCUUGGUUGUGCAGCAAAAUCUGACUCCUUUUGCCAGAACUUGCAUUAGUGAGAUAUCAACCAAAUUUCAUUUGGAAGUUUUCCAGGAAGCAGAGCUGUUGGUGAACGUAAAAAACCACGUUCUAGUACCCGAACAUCAGGUUCUAACAAACGAAGAGAAGAAAACAUUACUCGAGAGAUACACAGUAAAAGAAACACAGCUACCUCGUAUUCAAGUGAGUGACCCGGUUGCUAGAUAUUACGGGCUAAAGCGUGGACAGGUCGUCAAAAUUAUUAGACCCAGUGAGACAGCAGGUCGUUAUGUCACUUACCGAUAUGUUGUUUGAAUCCUUUUUAUUCAUGUAUGGAAUUUGGACUUGGAUUGUAUUGGAUGUCAUUUGUAACAAACCGUUUUACUGAGUGAUGAUACCUUCUUUUAUUUGUAUUGUUGUUGUACGGAUAAUAUAAUAGAGUGAAAAGUUAUUUAUAA